UCGGAAGCAAACAUGGCUUCAGAGUCUGUCAAGGUGAUAGUCAGGUGUAGGCCAAUGAACGACAGGGAAAAGGCGCUAAACUGUAAAACAGUGGUAUCUAUUGAACCAAGCCGAUGUCAAUGUUUUAUUGAAAAGCCGGGAGCCACAGAGGAGCCCCCCAAACAAUUCACAUUUGAUGGAACCUACUUUACCCACCAGUCCACUGAGCAGAUGUACAACGAGAUCGCCUACCCUUUAGUAGAGGGGGUGACAGAGGGUUAUAACGGGACGAUCUUCGCGUACGGGCAGACGGGCAGCGGCAAGUCUUUCACCAUGCAGGGCGUGGCGCAGCCGCCCGCGCAGAGAGGCAUCAUCCCGCGCGCCUUCGAGCACAUCUUUGAGAGCAUCCAGUGUGCUGAAGACACCAAAUUCCUUGUGAGAGCUUCUUACCUGGAGAUCUACAACGAGGAGAUCAGGGACCUUCUGGGAAAUGAGACAAAGCAGAAAUUAGAGCUGAAGGAGCACCCUGAAAGGGGUGUGUACGUGCGGGAUCUGUCCAUGCACACGGUGCACAGCGUGGGGGAGUGUGAGCGCAUCAUGGAGCAGGGAUGGAAAAACCGCUCUGUGGGAUACACCCUGAUGAACAAGGACUCCUCCCGGUCACACUCAAUCUUCACCAUCCACCUGGAGAUCUGCAACACGGACGGGGAUGGGGAGGACCACCUGCGCGCAGGGAAGCUGAACCUGGUGGACCUGGCGGGCAGCGAGCGCCAGUCCAAAACGGGCGCGACGGGCGAGCGUCUGCGGGAGGCCACCAAGAUCAACCUGUCGCUGUCCGCCCUGGGGAACGUCAUCUCCGCCCUGGUGGACGGCCGGUCCAAGCACGUCCCGUACCGCGACUCCAAGCUCACCCGCCUUCUGCAGGACUCGCUGGGCGGGAACACCCGCACCCUCAUGGUGGCCUGCCUUUCCCCCGCCGACAACAACUACGAGGAGACGCUGAGCACCCUGCGCUACGCUAACCGCGCCAAGAGCAUCCAGAAUCGGCCGCGCAUCAACGAGGACCCCAAGGACGCGCUGCUGCGGGAGUACCAGGAGGAGAUCAAGCAGCUGCGUGCCCUCAUCUCCGGCCAGCUGGGCGGCGCCUCCCUCUCCUCUUUGCUGGCCAGUCAGAUGAGCACAGCACCCCCUGGUGUUCGCCUAAAUCCACAGUCCACCACCACAGCAGACAGGGAGGCUGAGAAGGACCUGAUAAAGCAGGAGUAUGAGGACAGGCUGGCCCGGCUGCAGGCGGAGUACGAUGCGGAGCAGCAGUCCAAGGCCAGACUGCAGGAGGACAUGCUGACCCUGCGCACCUCCUUCCAGAGCAAGCUGUCCAGCCUGGAGACGGCCAGAGCCAGCCAACAACCCGGUGCUCCCAGCAGUGUGACUCCACCUGGAGAAGAGGUGCCCCGCCCAGGUACAGCCCCCCCCCAGGAGGUCACGGGAGUGGAGCAGGCCUUGGCAAAGAUGAACCAGCCUCAGGGGAUCAAUCAUGUGACCAGAGGAGAAGAGUCGGAGCCUCCCUGUGCUACUCCAGGACCAGUGGACCAGAAACAGGUUCUAGAGAGGCUGCAGCAGUUGGAGAAGGAGUUUGUCGGGGGGGAACAGGCUCGGAACGAGGAGCUGCGGCAGAAGCGGAGGCAGAGAAAGACUCUGGCCGACCGGAGGAAGGAGCAGCUGAUGGAGGCGCUGGCAGACAGCAGUGAGGACAGCGACAGCGUCUUACUCCAAGUCUACGACUCCAUCCAGGAGGAGGUCCGGGCCAAGAGCCGCGCCCUGGACAACACACAGCGCAAACUGAAGGCCGCGCGGAUUGAGAUCGGUGACCUGCAGUCUGAGUUUGAGCGGGAGAGGGACGACUACCUGGCCUCUAUCCGCCGGCUGGAGCGGGAGGCCCAGCUGCUGCAGUGCAUUGUGGACCGCGUGGCGCCGCUGAUCCGCCGUGACUGCAACUACAGCAGCAUGGAGCGCGUGCGCAAGGAGGCCCUCUGGGACGAGGACAGCGCCACCUGGCGGCUGCCAGAGGUCACGCUGCAGAAAACAGCCCUGCCCGCAGCAGUGCCCCCUGUCGGGAGUGCCCAGCCUGGGCUUCCCUCCUCCCGAGGCUCGGUGCCCGACGGCCUGGACCCCCUGGAAGAGGACCGGUAUAAAGAGAUGCUCAACCGGAGCGAGAGCGAGCACAUCGCCAGCAACUACUUCAAAUCAAAAAGAGCCAAUCAGCUGCUCACAGCUGAGCCCAAGAGGAGUCUGGUGCCCCACCCUGCUGCCCUCAGCACACCCCCUCCCCUCCAGACCUCUAGCACCUCCAGCUUCCCCCCAACCUCCACAGAGUCCCUCCUGCCCCGGCCCUUCCGCCUGGAGUCCCUGGGCAUGCCCGCCACCAACGCCAAAGUCAAGCGCAAGAAGAGCCGCAGCAACAUCUCGUACGAUGGAAACUGAGCGACAUCUCGUAGGAUGGAAACUGAGCAACAUCUCGUAGGAUGGAAACUGAGCAACAUCUCGUAGGAUGGAAACUGAGCGACAUCUCGUAGGAUGGAAACUGAGCGACAUCUCGUAGGAUGGAAACUGAGCGACAUCUCGUAGGAUGGAAACUGAGCGACAUCUCGUAGGAUUGAAAAUUGAAGACUGUUCAGCCAGCUUGGGACCGACCGGUAUGAUUACAUCACCUUCCUGACCGUGACUCGUGACUGGGUCGGGACCCUGGGGUCUGCCAGGAAAAGGAGCCGAGAUGAUGAGACACUUAAGUAGAAUAAGGGUGACUUGACCAGGAGACCAGGGCUCACACUGCAUACUGCACUCAUAGGAUGCACACUGCAUACUGCACUCAUAGGAUGCACACUGCAUACUGCAGUCAUGUAGAACAGGCCUCACACUGCAUACUCAUGGCUGGACCAGCAGUCCCUCUGCAUCAUGCAAGUGCAGUUUCUUGAAGUGGUUUUGUUGAAGCUGCCUUUUGUAACAUGCAGUUCCUAAAUAUUUUUGACUCCAUUGUUCCUCUGGUGUAACGCCUGUGUGGAUCACCUGGUGAGUGAAAUGCAGCCUGGCAGUAAGGCCUUGGAGAUGCACUCUGAACUCUCCCAGACUGAUAGAGGGUGUCGGCUCAAUGUGGAAGGCUGACGGUUACUCCUGGUCAGAGAAAGACAUACUAAUGUAGCAGAUAGGCUGGCUUUGUGUCAACGGCAUGCAAGUGAUGUGAAUGUAAAGAUUUAUUGAUCACCUUACCCUGGAGGUGGUAAUCAAGGCCUGUAACUAAAUUACUGUAACUGAGCAACAGACUUUAAUACCAAAGAAAGUACAACCUUGUUUUCAGGGAAUGUGGUAGUCACUCUGCACGACUUUGGCCUUAAAAUAACCAUGCUCCACUCAUCUACGAGGCCUUGGCCAAAUUUGCGCGCCUUUGCCUGCAUUUCUUCUUCUGAGAUGUCUCUGGGAGUGUGUCCCUGGGAGAGGCACUGUUCAGUUUGCGGGGGUUCUGGUCAGGUUUCAGUGGAACAUUCAUUGACAGCAGGCCACUCUGAAGCCCAGCGAAGAAGAAACAUCAGCAGGCACAACUCGUUUUUCAGAGUCCGCCUUGGCAAUGGCCCAGGGGGAUGGAAGGCCAUGUGGAGUUGCAUAUUCUGUUAAACCUGCAAGUAAAUCCUGCAAAGUGUGCCUUUAAUGUGGAAUAGCUGUCAAUAUACACUCAGUGAGCACUUUAUUAGGUAUGACUUAUUUUUUUAGACUUAUUGGUCUUCAGCUGCUGUAGCCUAUCCACUUAGAGGUUUGACACAUUGUUUGUUCAGAGAUGCCCUUCUGCACACCACUGCUGUAAUGUGCAGUUACUUACAUUAGCGUCACCUUCCUGUGGGCUUUGACCAGUCUGGCCCUUCUCUUCUGAUCUCUCAUUAGCAAUGCAUUUCUGCCCGCAGAACUGUUGAUCACUGGAUGUUUUUUGCUUUUUCACACCAUUCUCUGCAAACUCUAGAGACUGUUUACGGAGUGAAAAUACCAGGAAAUCAGCAGUUUCUGAGAUACUCAAACAACCCUGUCUGGCACCAACAAUCAUUCCAGUCAGUCACAUUUGGUCUGAAAAACAGCUGAACCUCUUCACCAUGUCUGCAUGUUUUUAUGCAUUUAGUUGCUGCCAUAUGAUUGGCUGAUUAAAUAUUUUCAUUAACAAGCUGGUCUACCUAAUAAAGUGCUCAGUGAGUGUAGUUUAUUAUUACUAUUAUGAUGGCAUAAUAAAUGGUGAUUUAUAAUGUGGUACAGUAGUUAACACCCCCCCUCCCAAGAAAGACAAACCAAUGUAAUUUCUUUUAAAUGAUUUUUCCCAAGUAAAAAAAACUAAUACAAAACAAUCUGCCUCAUAAAUACAAACAUUUGACAAAGCAUUAUCCUUUUAAAAAAGAAAAAAAACUUUUGAGCACAAGUAACAUUCCUCACCAGACAAACACACAGCACAGAACAGACCCAAACACACGGCGUGUCUGCAGAGAAUGUGACCGUAGUCGUUACCAGCAGUUUUAUU